CUGCAAAUCGUUACAAACACCAAUAAUUGACCUCCCGGCUGUAGCAGGCACGAUCGUCCAGAUUCCCCAAUGGCUUCACUACCACCGAAACCUCCUCCACCUGCCAACUCCCUGCCUCUGGCCCCGGGAUGGACCGAACACAAAGCACCAACAGGCCAUUCAUACUACUACAAUGCGUCCACCAAAACCUCAACCUACUCGCGUCCCGUCGCGCCGCCAGUCGCACCGCGUUAUCCGGCCCCACGGCUAUCAAUCGGCCCGCCACCGCCCCUACAAGCAGGCCCAUACCCUCGCCCUUACGUCCCCUACGCACAACCGUUCCCGCCGCCCGGCGGACACCAACUGCCACACCGGCCGUACUUCCAAGACGUGCGAGGCGCGCCUCGUGGCGGUCCGAGAGGACAAGGGUUCCCUCCGAGAGGACAUGGACUCCCGCCGAAGCCGAAGCUGAAGCCCCAGGAUGGCCCGAAGAAGAAGCGCGCUAUCCCGGGUGCAGAGCCGUGGGUCCUGGUAACGACAAAGAUGGGAAGGACUUUUGUGCAUAACAUUGAGACGCGUGCUUCGCUGUGGACCGCGCCGAAGGAGGUGCAGGAGAAGAUUGAUGUUAUGCCGCCCGUGGAUCAAGAACAGGAGCGUCGGGAAAGGAGAGAGAGGAGGGCGAGAAAGGCGGCGGAGAAGGUGGAGAAGGAGCGGGUGGAAAAGGAGAGGCUUAGAGCUUUGAUGCCCGCGAAGGUGGAAGAAGGCGAGCCGAGUGCCAAGAAGGUUCGGACCGAUGAGGCAGCUGGGCCGGCGGAUGAGGUUAUGAAGGAGGCACAGGCGGAGGAAGAACACGACGAGGCGGAAGCGGAAGAAGAAAAGGAGGGGGAGGAGGAGGAGGAGGAGGAGAGCGACGAAGAGCACCAGCAGCCGCCACCCAAUCAGGCGCAAGAGUUUACGGAAGAGGAUAUCGCGUGGCAGCUCGAAGCAAUGGCCGAAGAAUAUGGGCUUGGUGAAGAAGACUUUGAGGAAGGUGAGGAACUUGCACCGGAAGAUACCAUCGCGCUUUUCCGCCAGCUGCUGGACGACCAAGGUAUAUCGCCGUACAGCACUUGGGACGAUGCGCUUCCGAAGCUAGUGGACGACAAUCGCUACACCGUCCUCUCCACGACCAAAGCGCGCAAGGAGGUCUUUACGGAUUGGUGCAAAGAACGAGCCGCACAAUUGCGUGAGGAGAAGGAAAGGGCUGGCAAGAUCAACCCGAAGAUCCCGUUCUGGGCAUUCCUCAAGGAGCACACGACGUCAAAAUUGUUUUGGGCUGAGUUCAAGCGCAAGUGGAGGAAGGAACCUGUCAUGAAAGAUACGAAGCUCUCAGAUAAGGAGCGCGAGAAGAUGUACCGAGACUUUGUUGCUCGCAACAAAACCUCUGAGUCUAUCCGCGAAGUCGACCUCAAGAAACUGCUUAAAUCUACGCCUUCGCUCACCCGAAACACGGCACUCCACAUGCUCCCCGACAGCGUUCUUGCGGAUGCGCGAUACGUCACAGCACCGGAGUCAUCACGUGAUAGCAUCAUCACCGAGUUUCUCGCGUCUUUGCCAGAGGUAGUGCUCACCGAAGAAGAGCGUAAGGCCAACGAAGAACGCGAGCGCCGUGGGAAGGCGCUGCGCGAGCGCGAGUGGGCUGUUCGUCAGGAGAAGCGCAGGAAUGCCGCGGACGAAGCUAUGGCGAAGCAAUUACUGCGCGAUGAGGAGGCGGUGAUCGAGCGCGCAAAAAUUGUGGGGAAGAAGGGCUUGCUAGGACAUCUCAGGAAAGAAGAGGCAAAGGAAGAGACACCUGCCCCUACAGCAAUGGAGGAAGUAUAGUAGUGCUAAAUGUACAUAUAAAUAUUUGGUAAUGCGGACUUAAGUAG